AUGGCACACGCAGCUGUUUGGUUCUCGCACCCGCGAAAGUACGGCAAGGGCUCGCGCGGCUGGUAAGUCUUCGUACCGCUCCGUCCUGUGGUCCUGAAGCGAUCCAUCUUCGACGACGACGACCCAUCGACGCCCAUGGCGCCCUACGCCCGUCCCCGCGGCCGGAUCGCCUAUACGCCCCGUCACACCGCGCACUACCACACCACGCUUAUAAUCAGAACACGACACGAUCCCUCUACGGACGAUUCGCUGCACAGCUUUAUACCGCCGGACGAGAUAUGACAUGUGGGAGCAGGGGCACUCAGGGGUCGCUGACGGGUGCGACCUGCGCUGGGUUCGCGCUGGCGUGCGACGAUGGGCCCGUUGGCUGUCCUAGUCCUGGCUGAGCUGAGCUGGAGCCGAGUGAUGGGCUCAGGACGCACCCGCCGACGGCCAUUGCACAACCCUGACCAUGCACCGACAUCGCAAUCCGGCCAGACCUCACGAUAUUCACGAUCAUCACACUCGACACCGGCACAGCAAAGUUACCGUGUUGCAUGAGCCCCAAAGUGCUGACCUCCCCAUAACCCCCCCUCCUUUUCUGAAAUAGCCGCGUCUGCACCCACCCCGCUGGUCUCAUCCGCAAGUACGGCAUCAACAUCUGCCGUCAAGUGAGUAGCCCAUUCAAAAACAAACGGAUUAGGAUCAUUCUUCUGACUUCCGACGCCUUGACUCGACAGUGCUUCCGAGAACGCUCCGACCAAAUCGGCUUCGUCAAGGUGAGCUCCAAAGAUUCUCCUCGUCCCUCACAUAAUCCAAGACUAACUCCCAUCUCGUUUACCCUCCACUAGAACCGUUAA